GACUGACAAUCCUCAAUCCGCAGAUGAGACCGUCGCGUUGUCCAGCGGGUCUCACUCCACCGUGUGUGUUUCCCGAACUCUCUCCUGAACUUCAAUAGUGCCAGAAAAAAAGCACUAAAUCCCAAACCAAAAAGCUGGUGGAGCUAGCUAGCUGUACGCUAGGAGGAUCUCCCCCCCACCCCACCCCCAAACUCCGAACUACUACACACAACUCGCGCGUCUCACUGACGAUGGCGCGCUGAGCAGCUGAGAGGAGCGCUGAAGUAGUAGCGAGGAGACCACCACUCGAGACCACCACACGACUAUGGAGGAGCGCAGGGAGGUGGGAGUCUAGACGAGUUAUCACAACUGCAGGCUGAAUCCAGAUUACGCUUUUUUUUAAGCUCGUUUGACUAGACAGGUCCCACGAUUUAUUUAUAUUUUUUAUCGGAUUUCAUUCGUAUCGCUUUUUGCACGCAAGGAUGCACGAAAAGGACGCGAGGUGUAGCCGGGGAUGCUGGCCGACGGCGCUGCUGCUGUCAUGCGUCUUGGCUCUUCUCCUGGUCCCCCUGCCUGUCCUUGGCGAUACAGUUGCAGCCAACAUCACCGAAGCGGCUGGGCUCGUUAAUCGCAGCUCCCUGCUUAACGAGGGGGCGGGGCCGGAGCAGGUUGACGAGGUGCUGACCGGAGCGGUGACCGGAGCCGGCCUGGUGGCGGCGGAGGCGGCGGCGGGCAGGGCCGGGCGCGUCAUUCGUGCCGGGGAGAAAGACGAGCAGGGCAGCGGCAUGUUCGGAGAGACCGCCGUGCUGCCCGCCGUGGAGGAGGUGGGCGUGGCCGCUCCUCCCCAGCUCAGCCCCGACUCAGCGGAGACGGAGCUCUUGUUGCCUAGCAACCCCCGACGCGAGGAAGCGGCGCCGCCGACGAGCGAGAAGGAGGAGGAGGAGGAGGAGGUGGGAGGCGAAGAGGAGCGAGAGGCGGAGUCCACCAACCCGCCGUGGCUGGUCGCCAAGGACACCUCCGUGUUCGACCUGGACCCCCGCCUCCUCACCACCACGCCCCCGCCCCCGGGCGCCGUCAACCCCUCCCACCCGGACAUCCUCCACGUGGACUUCUUCGACCAGGCGGCGCGCGGCCGCAGCGACCUGGCCCCGCCCUCCCCCUCCUCCCUGGCCCACGAGCUGCAGGGCGGGGACCCCACCUCCUGGGCCAUGCCCGACAGCUACGACUACCUCACCCCCUACGACGAGGGGGUCUCGCCCACCGCCGACGAGUACACCUACAGCACCACCACCGAGACCUACGACAGCGCCGAGGACCCCAGGCUGGCCCCGGGCCGCCCAGGGCCCCGGGCCCCCGAGGACAAGGCCCCCCUGCCAGGAGGGGGCGCCGCGGCCGAGAGCCCGGACACCCCGAGGGUGCCGGUGUACGCAGUGGACGGGUCUGAUGGGCUGGGGGGCUGCCGCGUGGGCUACCAGAUGCUGAACGGGAGCUGCCGCUCGCCCUGUGAUUCGCUGACCAACUACUGCUUCAACGGAGGGCAGUGCUACCUGAUAGAGGGACAGGGGGCGCUCUGCAGGUGUAACGUCCAGGACUACAUCUGGCACAAGGGGUCCCGGUGCGACGCCGUUGUGACAGAGUUCCAGGUGAUGUGUCUGGGGGUGGGGGCCUCUGCCCUCGUGCUCCUGCUGCUCUUCAUGAUCGUCGUCUGCUUCGCCAAGAAGCUCCACGUCCUCAAAACCGAGAACAAUAAGCUGCGCAAACGCAGCAGUAAGUACCGGCCCUCCUCGGAGCAGCACAAUGAUAAUUUCUCCCUGUCCACCAUCGCUGAGGGCUCCCACCCAAAUGUAAGGAAACUGUGCGACACCCCCCCUAACGUCCCUCAUGCCCGUGCAUUGGCUUACUAUGAUAACAUUAUCUGUCAGGAUGAUCCUGGCUCCCAGAACAAGCUGGAGGACCCGGUGAAGGCCUCUCCCAGGGAGGACGACUCCCUCAACAUCCACAACUCCCUCACCCCCAAACACGAGAACCACAAGGUGCUGGGCGAGGAGAACUCCUCCGAGGUAAACUCCCUGCAGAACAACAUGAUGUGAAGACCGCCCCCCCCCACCCCCACCCCACGACUCGCCGCAACCCCCCCAUCCCAUCCCCCUCCAACCACCAACCAACCAACCAACCACACCCUUCAACCAGUCACGCUGCCAGGGAGAGCCAGUCUCUCCGCCCCAGAACCCUAUGGAUCCCGCCCCCUUUUCUCUCACCCCCCCCCCCCCCCCCCGACUCCCCCCUGGCUCUCCACCAGCUGAUCAAGAGCACCAAACGGGUUACCAUGUCAAACAAACCAGCAAAACCGACCAACCGUCAACCAGACCAGCCGACCCAGUCUUGAAGACCAUCGCCGCCACGGCUACACUGCCAACCAGCAGCCUGGGCUGCUGAAAAACAGAAACCUCACCACCACUCUGCUGCCGCCGCUACCUAUACCGCUGCUUCAACCCCCCCCAUACCCCCCCUCCCCAUUGUUAAGAAUACUGCUGCCCUUCGGAAGCCCCGCCCACCCAACCCUGCUGUUGCAAAGCAACGUCCACUCAUGCUCCCUGCCUGGCAGCUCCUCCCCCUUUCGUUGCUGUCAAUCAAAUCUUCUCCGGCUACUUGCUCACAUACAUACGCACACAUGCACGCACGCACACACACACACACACACACACACACACACACACACACCCACACACAGUGAAAUGCGCGCACACACACACACACAUACAUACAUGUAAACAUAUUUAUAUGCACUUAUAGACACACAGGAAUACACACACUGCCAUCCACACUUACUUUCAGAAGACAUAUUUCUGAGAAAUACACACAUUUAUAUAUGCACACAGACAUUUAAACACCCAUACACAGUCCCCUGCCUGCAUUGAUGUAUUUUGUAAAAAUAUUGAAGAAAAAAGCAUACAUAAGAUGAAAAAAGAAGUUCAACAUUAUUGUAAAAAAAAUAAAACAGAUAGAAGCUACUGAGAGAUGUUAAUGUUUGUCUGACUAACCCCGUGAGUAUGUAUAAAUAUUGGAAGAAAAAAAUAUGCUUGGAUUGAUUUAAAAAAAAGAACACAAUGUGUCUUGGUUUUCAUUGAUGUGAUUUCUAAUCCUUUGAUGUACUUGUUUUUAUUUUGUACUUUUUUGGGACUUCGAACUGAAAAAAGAUUGAGACAGCUGUUGAAAUAAACCUUUUUAACAUGA